CGUUACGUCAUGGCGUCAAUGCGGAAGUAUGUACUCAGGAAACUAGCGCCUUGUGUUUACAAGUGACAUGCAAUUUGUAAAUCCGCGGAGUUAAAGCUGGAGCUCUGUGAGGAACCACAACAUGUACCCCCGCAGCGCUGCACCGAGGGGGCGGUCACCCUACAGUAACGGCCUGUACCCGCCACCCUCCGCGCCCCGGUGCUACGAUUACAACCACCAAAGCAUGGCUGCUGUCAACAGCUUCUAUGCUCCUGGACUAGAGAGAUUGCCUGCAUAUGAUUGGAAGCCCACACCAUCUCCUUCUCCUGUCCUUCCUCCUCGCACACCAACUAUGACCAAUGGGCGCAAGAGGCAGAAUGAUGAAUACAGCCCCCAUGUUGUGAAGCGCCAGCGCCUAGACUCCUCUCCUCACCCAAUAAUUGGCUCCCCUGUAAUUCAGACCCCUCGCCCUCACCGUCCUGACCAUGCAGUGGCAGGGUCAUCAAGAUCAAGUUUUGAUCGCUCUUAUCCGAGGUCACACACGAACCCCCACCCUCUGGUGCCUGCUGUCCCAGAAAGCUCAAGCAGCCUGCGGACCUACGCUAAGGACAGAUUGAGUGGUCAGAUGGUGGACCUGUUUGAGGCCUGCCAGCAGCAGUCUUCCGAUUUGGCCCGGAAGGAGAUGUGCCGAACUCAGCUGCAGCAGGACAUACAGCGUGUCUAUGCAGUGGGACGACUAUACUUGACUGGAUCUUCAAUGAAUGGGUUGGGAUGUCGGAGCAGUGAUGCAGAUCUAUGUCUGGUCCUCAAGGGAAAUAAAAGACAGGAUCCUAUUCAUGUACUCACUGUGCUCCAAAGGCUGUUCAAAACAGUGUCAUACAUAGAGAGGACUCAGCUGAUCAGAGCCAAAGUGCCGAUCCUCAGGUUCAGAGAGAAAGGCAGUGAUUUGGAGUUUGAUCUGAAUGUCAACAACACAGUGGGCAUCAGAAACACAUUCCUCCUGAGGAGUUAUGCCUAUGCUGAUCUCAGGAUAAGACCCAUGAUUCUCGUUGUCAAGAAGUGGGCACGGCACAACCAAAUCAAUGACGCAAGCAAAGGAACGUUAAGCAGCUACACGUUGGUGCUGAUGGUGCUGCAUUACCUCCAGACUCUGAAGGAACCGGUCCUUCCCUCCCUACAGAGGGACUACCCAGAGUGUUUCAAUCCAUUAAUGGACAUUGACAUGGUGCCAGAUGGACCCAAAUACAUCCCCUCCUACUUCUCAAGAAACCAGUCCUCUCUGGGAGAGCUGCUUCUGGGCUUUCUCAAAUACUAUGCCACUUACUUCAGAUGGGAUAAGCAGGUGAUCUCUAUUCGAGAGGCCAGAGCUUUGCCCAAGAGCAAUUCUCCAGAAUGGAGAAACAAAUUUAUUUGUGUGGAAGAGCCAUUUGAAAGGAAUAACGUGGCCAGGGCAGUCCACGAGAAGAUCAAGUUUGAGGCCAUUAAAGCUCAGUUUGUUGAGUCAAGUCGGAUACUCCAACAAAGGAAAGACCUGAACUCCAUCCUCCCAGUCAGAACCAUCAUUAAUAAGGAGUCAUCCAGGAGAUGAGGGAUUCCUCUAAUAAGACGAGCUGACGGGAGUCUUCUACCUCAAGACAGGCCUGUCCCCAGAAACAAAGAGAGACCUUUGGGAUGUGCUGAGAGAGGAGUCCUGCUGCCUCUGCACCUCACAACAAGGGUGGCAAUAGGACUCUGAAUGCUCCGGCUGACUCGGCCACAGACUGGAUUAUAUGUCCCGUGGCAGUAUGUUUUGAAAAUCCUGAACUCACUUUCAAAUGCUUUGCAGACUUUGUCAAUCUUUUGUAAUUACUGUAAGCACCGGUCAAAACAACUAUCUGUGUGGUUGCACGAGAGGGCUCUGAAAUGAUAAUCCAGUCGCUUAAACUAAACAGAGGGAUGCUGCAUUGAAGCAUAAAAACAGUCAGUGUUUUUUGAGAAGAUGACUGCUGCUACAAAACCCUCUAUCGCAAUGCACAUAUAGUUCCUUGAAAGAAGUUUAACUGUACUUGACAACAUAUGAAAAGACAAAGUUAUACCUGCAGCCUGCUGAUAUCUGAAACUAGCUUAAACUGAAGCAGUUGUAUUUAUGUUUGACUUUAUAUUUACUGGUCGCAACCAAGUUUUUCUCCUUGACUCUCAGUUCUCGUUAUAUCCCUAUUGCUAGAGCCAUACUGCACAAAGUUAGUUUGAAAGAUGCCAAUAAUUUGUUUCUGCCACACAUGUGUACAGUAUCAACAGAAUAUUGUCUUGAGCCCAUCUGGACCAACUUGUAACAUAAAAGCCUUUUUUCUAUUUUUGUAGGUCGAUAGUGAAGCUUUGUGGAUUCAAGGAACAUAGACUUUUUUUCUACCGUUGAAUUAAAGGCCCUCUGCUCUUUCAUUAUCAACAUCUUUACAUUUAUGAGCUCCUCUGAAAAACUGAGUUUGUUAAGCGAUUUUCAAGUUGGCGUCAUAAUUUAAGUGAAUCUGGGCUGGAUAUUCCCGCUUGUUUGUCAUUGUUCCUGAUGUGUAUUUUUCCCAGACUGGUGUCAGGCCCACAUUGUUUCAUUUUAAUUUGGUGUUUACUGACAUGUUAUUCACUCAUUCUUGGUUCACUUAAUACAUAAGUUAUUUGAGGAAAUUACAAUUGAGUGUGAUUGUGUUUUUUCUUUUCUCUCUCUGUUAUAUAUAUUUCCUCGCAUCUUUUUGUAGAUUUUGUACAUUACUGACUUUUAAACAUUUAUUUGAAAAAAAUUAAAUCUCUGAAGAUAUAUGACUGUCUACUUUAUAUUUUUGCUCAGUGUGAAACCCACUGAAUUCUUUGCUAUUUCCAUAUAGAAGUGCCAAAGUCCUAUUAAAUUGUACACUGACUUCAGCUGGCGCUCAUGUUCAGGUGUGUUGGUUGUUUUGACAAAGUGAGGUUUGGUGGCAUUCUUAUUUUUAUGCUUUUGAGUUUGAUUUCUUGUGCAAAAUGCUGCAACUGUCCAUUCUGGUGUAUGGGAUGUAAACAGGACUCAAAAAUAAACACUUGCUAAUGCAUCACAC